AAAUUUUGGAAUGUUGACCUUCAAGUGUCUUUUUCGGAUAAUCUCUCUCUUCUUUUCUCUCUCCUUUUCGCUCUUUGAAGGAAACCUAAUCGGGCGAUGGCCGCCUCGCCGUCGGCCACUCCGGCUGGUGAGGGCACUUCCUGGGCGAGCCUUUUUGCGGUGGCUCCUGACAAGAGGCUCACCUUCCGUCCCCCCUGAGAAGGUCAAGGAUGGUUUUCGCAUCCCGAAUGAGGUAAAGGAGAAGGGCGCUGAACGAUGGAAGGAUUCACUAGUGGGUCAGUUCGUUGGGAAACGUCCGGAGGUUGUAGAGCUCCAGUCUUGGGCUAACAAGCUAUGGGGGAGGGAUGGUCUUAUUCGUGUCUCGCGAUUUGGUCCGAAGAUGUUGGUAUUUCAGUUCCCCUCUUCUUCUUCUUCUUCGAGUGAUUGGGUUCUUACUUCGGGACCUUGGCAUUUCAAGGGUAAUUCGAUAUUCUUUAGGAAGUGGGAGGUGGGGAUUCAGCCGGUUGAGUCGAAGGUAGCAACACUUCCAAUUUGGGUUACGAUCAGGGGAUUGCCUCUAGAGUAUCUGGGAAGUGAUGGAGUUGAAUGGGUCGCUAGAGUUGUGGGUAAGCUGCUCUGGACUGAUCAGACAACUAGGGUUGGAGCACAAUUGGGAUUCUCGAAAGUUUGCAUUGAGUUAGCAGCAGAUUGUGGGUUCCCUAGGACAAUUUGUUUCUAUCCUCACAAUGACCCUGAUCUUGAAAUUGGUAUGAGUAUUUUCAAUUACCGAGGGUGAAACACCCUAACCCGGCCGGGUACUACUUUUACUGAAAUGCCAUUGAUAAAUAAAAUACUCAAAUCUUAAAUUGCAGCGGGAAAAAUUUUCAUAAAUAAAAUUCUCAAACUUUAAAAUCUCAAUCUGAUCUCCAGUCUAUACUCAUAAUCAUAAAUGUAAAUAACUAAUAAUCUCUAAUGUUGUUGCUACUGAGACCUUAGAAACCCCUUUUGGGUCACUAGAACAUCCUCUCCUCGACAGUCAGCCCUCGAGACUCGCUCCCAUGGUCCCAUAAUCCCCUUUAAAAUUUUCUAAAAACAAUCCCUUCAAAACCGACCAUUUUUCCUAAUUGUUUUUGUCUUGGACGAAUUUUCCACCUACCUUGAACCUUCUCAAAAAUUAGGAUAAUACUUUUUCUACAUCAAUCAUGAGUACUUAUACCCUGGAAAAUUAUCAAACCCCUAUAAACUCCUCGGAAUUAUUUUUAUUUAAUUAAAAUGAAUGUUCAAACAAUUU